GAAUUUUUGUAAACAAAAAAAAUUAUAUAUAAACAAUCUUAUUGAAAAUUAAAGUUUUUAAAGAAAUUAAGCAGAUUUAAAUAGUGAAAGUGAUCAGAAAGUAAAAUUCAAUAUAUUAUCAAUAAUUUGUGUGAAUCGUUUCAUCAAAAAAUCCUUAAAAACUCAAUGAUUUUGAUGAAUCUCAAAGUUUGAUAAACAUCCAGUAAAAAAAAUAUCAGAUUGGACAAAGUGAAACCAAGUUCAUAUGAAGGAGGCUAAAUGGGUAUAAAGCUGUAGAAGAAUCUUAGUGUAUAGAAAUUUUCCUUCAUAAUUUCUCGAAAAAUUAUUAUUUAAUAAUGGAAAUAGACUAUAUAGAUCAAAAAUACUAUUUAAGCAUCAAUAAUAUCACUUCAAAGCAACCAUCAGUGUACAAAAGUAUCGAUAUUUCUAAAGAUCUGAUAGUUUAUGGAACAGACAAGAGCACUGGUGCAUUAUUUAUUUAUAAAAGACAUCCGUAUGCAUUUUUCAAAGCAAUCACUGGAAGUCAAAGUAUAAGAGGUCCAAUAACUCAUAUAAAAAUUUCAAAUGAUCAACAAUGUAUUGCUUAUUCGAAUGCUUUUGGUGAUAUCGCUGUGCAUUCGUUGAAAAGCAGUGCAUUAUUAUCGCGAACAGCUUUUGGAAAAUUGGAAGCACCAUGCUCAGCACUCUAUUGGCAUUACUCGGACAAUGAGAUUUACUGUGGAGAUAUUUCUGGAAAUUUAUCAGUCAUUACAUUAUCAUACUUUAUUGGACGUAACUUGAUAAAUAUUCAUGUAAACUCAAUACUGAAUGAACUUGAAGGUGUCAUAGAGCAGAUUGAUGGGUUCAAUGAAUUCCUCCUAGUGUCAUCGUCCACAAAGACAAUUUUAUGUAAUAAUGAGAAGGAGGAGUUUAAACAGAUUGGAAAUAGACCACGAGAUGGAAAGUUUGGAGCAUGUUUUGUAGCUGAUUAUGAGGCACUUGAAGCACAACAAAAUAAAUUAACAACAAUUGAUCAGGAGGUCUUUGAAAAGAUGUUGCUUGAAAAUAUAAAAAUUUAUUCAUGUCGUCCAGGCAUGCGAUUAUGGGAAGUAGAUUUAAAUGGCAAUGUAUUAAAGACACAUCAAUAUAAGAAUGCAAAUUACACAGCUCAAAAAAUAGCCAUAAUGGGAAGCCAUGAGAUUGAUUCAUCACCAGUAUUAUUUAAUAAGAUUCACCAAUUUCAAUUGGCAUUGCCACUAGAUAAUAGAUUCGUUUUUACUUGGAACUCUUCUGGAUUUUACAUUAUUGAUCCAAAAGAGUCAAAAGUCAUAUUUUGGAAUAAUGAAUUUGAUGGCUCGAUAGCUAAUGCAAAAAUCAUUCAAAACAGCUCAAUCUACUUGUAUUUAAAAGACGGUCGAUUAAUUGAACUCAGAUUUUACAAACUUCAGCAUUAUGCGCUAUUUUUAUGCAAUUCUGAGAAAAUAAUGCAAGCAUGUGACUUAAUUAAAAAUAAUGUUGAAUUCUUUGCACGCAUUAUACGUAAUUCGCGCACGAUUUCUGAAAUGAAUCAAUACAGAACAUUCCUUAAAAUUCGUGACUAUCUCAUAGCAAAUGAACGUAGUGAACUCCUCAAGUCAUUGUCUGAUAUUUUUGAUGAACUAACAAGCACAAGAAUCCCAAAUGUUGUCAUACUCAGCAAGAAUUUCUUCAAUAAAUCAAUGGACAAAGAGGAUGAAUAUAAUAAUGAAAAGGUAGACGAAAUUCCUCAAAUGUUGCCAAUCACAAAGCAAAAAGAAGAGGAUUCAUUAAGCAUCACAUCCGCUGAGGUCGAUAGAGCUGUAAAACAAUUAUACAUCAUACACCAAACGUCACUCGUAAGCAAUUUAAAUUUUCGCGAACGACUUAGUAAGAUUUUUGAUCGAUUUAAGAGCUCACAAAUUAUUCGCAUACUGGAUGAGUUGGAGAAGUUAUUUAUAGAGAAUGAUGAGUACAAUGCGAAGGAAUCGAGGAGAGUUGUGUGUAAAAUGUUUCUCGAGUAUUUACAACCUGAAAUUAUUUUUGAAAUUGAUGAUGAGAAAACAUUAAAUUAUAUAUCCGAUGCAUUGCUGCAAGUACAGAAUCACGUGAAUGAAGUUAGUCGAUGUAAACGCUGUGAAUUUCCAUUAAAUUGUGGAACAAGUGGCACAGGAUACGAAGAUAUUGCAAAUAUUUUACAGCAAUUUUAUUGGUCGAGAGGAGAAUAUGAAAAGUGCUAUGAACUGUGUCGUUCGUUGCCACAUUUACUCAAAAUCACUGGAAAGUUCUUAACAGAUGAGAAAAAGUUUGAUAAGAUGAUUUUAUAUGCCAUAAACUUGGGUGAUUUAGAGAUUUUACAUAAGUCACUAGAACAUUUUAACGACAUUUCCCUCUUUCAUCAACUCCUCGAUGAAUAUAUUAUGGCAAUAAAUCAUGGAAAAUUCAAGUGCUUAAAAUGCGAUGAGAUCAAUGAUGUCAAGAAUGUCCACCGAAUUCUCACAUGGGAUAUCUUAUUUCACAGCAUUGAAUAUUAUCUGAGUGGAAGUGAGCUUAUCGAUCUGCUGAUGCGUUACUCCCAACAAAUUCCGAAUGGUUCAAUAUCAAGACAAUUUUAUAUGAAGCUUUUGCUUCAUGCUUAUGAUUAAUUAAUUAAUUUUAAAGAAAAAAAAAAACAUUUAUCAUGUGUCAUUCCCCAUCAAUUUAAUUAGAUUAUUAUCACAAAAAGAUAAGUUUGUCCUAUUAAUCAAUCAAUUUAAUUAAGCUUUUAUUUGUUCAUAAUGAUCUUUUGGGUGUUUAUCCAUACUUUAUCUCAUAUCUGAGAGCUUAAUGUAAAUUAACAUGCAAUGUGAUGCUAUUAUAUAUUUAAUUAAUGUGGCCAAAGAGACAAAAUUUUGAAACCACUAAAAUAAAGAAAAAUUAGAAAAUAUUAUUUUAUAGACCAUAUCAGGACCUUACAAAAGAGAAAUAAAGUCGACAUUUUUGAGAG